AAAAAAGUUACAUUUGUAAGCCCAUUCAUUCUGCUUUGAAGUAAGUGGAUCUCAGCGUGCAUGACGUAGCACGUGUCUCGGUGCAAGGUGCUCACUGAGGGGAGGGGGGACUUUCGGUUCCUCUGACGUGUGUUACCAGUCCUCUGACGGCACCUGCCCCCCAUCAAAAGCCCACAAAGUCACCCGGGAGACCUCCGCCGUUGUCUCAUUGGAGCGUUCCGCACAGGCUCUUGACGGAACCGUCUGAGGUGGCCAGCCCAUGCCUCAAGAAGCUUCUCAAGUACGUUGAAAAUACUCUCCUAGUAGUUUGGCGACAAGGUCUCCAUGCGUCCUCGUUCCUAGCGCAAGACCCGGCGCGACCAUGACCAUCCAUGUAGAAGGACUUGUGGCUAUCGCGGUCUUCUACCUCCUCAUCCUCUUCGUGGGCAUCUGGGCGGCAUGGAAGAACAAACACUCCGGAGAGGCCGAGGGAACCGACCGCAGCGAAACCAUCAUGGUCGGAGGCAGAGAUAUUGGAUUAUUCGUCGGGGGAUUUACCAUGACAGCAACUUGGGUUGGAGGAGGAUAUAUUAACGGCACUGCUGAGUACGUUUAUCUUCCAGAUAAAGGUUUGGCUUGGGCACAAGCCCCCUUUGGAUAUGCCCUCAGUCUUGUUCUUGGUGGACUUUUUUUCGCCAAGCCCAUGCGCUCAAGGGGUUAUGUAACCAUGUUAGACCCGUUCCAGCAACUGUACGGGAAACGCAUGGGCGGCCUUCUCUUCAUACCUGCAUUAAUGGGGGAGAUCUUCUGGUCUGCCGCCAUCUUGUCCGCUCUCGGUGCCACUCUCAGUGUCAUCGUGGACAUCAACAUCAAAAUGUCAGUGAUCAUCUCGGCUCUCAUUGCCAUCUUUUACACGCUGGUUGGAGGACUUUACUCGGUGGCCUACACUGAUGUUGUGCAGCUCUUCUGCAUCUUUGUGGGCCUGUGGAUCAGUGUCCCAUUUGCGUUGACCAACGUGGCUGUGUCAGACAUCACAGUGACUGCUGUGAAGCAAGUGUACCAGUCGCCAUGGAGAGGCAGUGUCAACAACAGCGACACCUGGGUCUGGAUUGACAAUUUUUGUCUUCUGAUGCUUGGAGGCAUUCCUUGGCAAGUGUAUUUCCAAAGAGUCCUGUCUGCUUCCUCUGCUACGUACGCACAAGUCCUCUCCUUCCUGGCUGCUUUCGGAUGUCUGGUCAUGGCCGUCCCCUCUGUCCUUAUUGGAGCUAUCGGAGCCUCAACAGACUGGAACCAAACAACAUAUGGUGCCAUUCCGCCUAAAGACAAGGAAGAGGCAGAUAUGAUUCUGCCCAUCGUUCUCCAACACCUCUGCCCGCCGUUUGUCUCUUUUUUCGGCCUCGGUGCUGUGUCUGCUGCUGUCAUGUCGUCUGCAGACUCGUCCAUCCUGUCAGCCAGCUCCAUGUUUGCAAGGAACAUCUACCAGCUGGCUUUCAGACAGUCGGCAUCAGAUCGUGAGAUUGUGUGGGUGAUGCGCAUCACCAUCUUUGUGUUUGGCGGUCUCGCCACAUUGAUGGCCCUGGUUACGGGGACAGUUUACGGACUGUGGUACCUCAGCUCAGACCUGGUUUAUGUCAUCAUCUUCCCCCAGCUCCUCAGUGUGCUCUUUGUCAAAGGCACCAACACGUACGGCUCAGUGGCUGCUUAUUUGUUUGGCAUGGUGCUGCGUAUAGGCGGAGGCGAGCCCUACCUGCAGCUGCCCCCUUUCAUUUAUUACCCCGGUUGGACCAUCGAGCAACGCGAGCACCACAUCACCGGAGAAAUGGAGGAUGUCGUCAUCCAAAAGUUUCCAUUUAAGACAGCCUCUAUGCUUGCCUCCUUUCUUGGUAACGUGGCGUUCUCCUACUUGGCUAAGUACCUGUUUGAGAGCGGCAAGCUGUCGCACAAGUACGACUUCCUCGAUGCGGUAGUGUCCAAGCACAGUGGAGAGAUUAUGGAUAAGACGACGCUCGUGACUCGUGGCAACAACAUCGGGCUGUCUGAGAUGGCGCCUGUCAAACCGCGGCUGAGUGUGACCUUGGCGGCCGCCUUCACGCGCCGUGACACGCUGCCAGCAGAAACAGUGGAGGAGGAAGAGGAGGAGUCGAGCCCUGACUCCUCCCAUCACGAUGAAGAAUGAAAAACUCAGUAUGGGAUUUUUAGGUGACUGAAAUCUGGUCAAGCUGUCAAUCACAAAAAGACGACGAUGAGCCAACAUCCUCUCACAGGACAGUGAGGUACCACACUGACUGGUGGCGAUUGGGAUACGAGUGGCAAUUUCAGGAGCAAUAUGUUCUCACUAAUUUAGUAGGAAAUUGGACAGCUUAACACGUUUGAACUGUUUCAUACACAUGAACCAUCCAUCCCUGCAGUGGCAAAAAUUGUCCAAUGAAAAUACAAUACCCCAUAUAAAAAUAUUUAAUAUAUUGUUAAAAAAUAAUUUACAAUAAAGCAGACAACAAAGGGGGUUAUGGCGUCGUAAGUUGUUUGAAUAACAUUACUAGUAUAUUUUGUUGUUGAAUAACCCAAAUGUAUUAUCCUUUCUAAUACUGUUUGAUAAAAUCUUACUAAAUUCUAGUGAGAACAGGCUCGUCAGGAUACGUAGUGUAGCAGUUUAUUGAUGCAUAUGAGGUCCUCUCUCAGUGGAAUACCAUAAACACCCCUACAGAGAGAUCUUCAGUAAUAUAACCAUCUGUUUGAAAGAUGCGGUCAAUUUCAUUAUUAUCAUUUUGUCUCUGACAUCAAUCAGACGAUAUCAAACUGCACAAGUAGAAAGAAGAGAUGAAACCGUUUCAGAGUUUGACAGAGCACAACGAUAGUUUGCAAGUUGGAAAAAUACUUAACACCUUUGUAAAACUCCCAAAGGAAAACGAGAUGUGCAGCAGGGGAACGGAUGUGGUUCCCAAACGAGUAAGAUACUCAGUUGUUCUACUGUGAUGUGGGGUCACAUUCUCAAUGACAACCAAGAGUAUCUUCCUCAAGGAUACUUGGGAUGCUUUCACAAGUCUGAAGGAGAACCAGGAGCAGACAUGGUUUUAGCAUACAAUUACAUGAAAUACUGUAGCUUGUGAUGCCAUAAAAUGAACUAUAGCUAAUGUAACUUUGCUCACUGCUUUUGUUAGGCCAUGUCCACACGCAUAUGGAUAUUUUAAAAACAGAUUUUUCUUUGCGUUUUGGCCGCUCGUCCACAAGCAAACGUAGGUUUUUGUCCUUAAAAGUUGUUUUUUGGAAAACCACUUCAGCCUAUCGGUGUGGACGGGUAAAAUAAGAGUUUUUUCUUGUUUGUAUCAUAAAAAAUGUGCAUCAUUAUCUCACAUUUUUAAACCUUUUUAACAACAGAAUGUGAAGUUAUUGUAUCAUGGGUGUUGGUUUCAUUUCUUUCAGCGGUAGAUGAGCGCAUAUGCGUUUUGCACCAUGGGCACAGGCACUUAAGAAAAACAUUUAGUAUAUUUCCUGGGCUCCAUGAAAGCGUGUGUUGAUUUUAAGAUAAUGUACCUGCCACAAAGUCAGUUAGGUUAAUUUGAGACUCUAAAAUUGUCGAUAGGUAUGAAUAUGAGUGUGAAUGUUGGUCUAUUGGCUGGCGACCAGUCCAGGGUGUACCCCGCCUCUCGUCCUAAGUCAGCUGGGAUAGGCUCCAGCAUACCCCCGCGAAGUGGCAUAGAAAAAGGAUGGAUGGAUGUACAGUCAUUGCUUAUCUAAUAUCUCACUAUAUCGAUGAACAGAGGUGUUAUAUUGCACGACCAAGUCAGCUGCUGUUGCUUUUUCAGGUUUCUUCUUCGCUCAACAUGUGCAUGACAGCUGGUGAAUGUGUUUUAUUUGGACAGACAUUUUUUGGAUGGAGAUUUUUUUUAUAACACCGUAUUGGGAAAAUGUGGGUUUUUGAAAAUAUCAGUGCUCGUGCGGACAUGGCUUUAGAUGCAGUCUGACAGGCACUGGCAUAUACAUUUCUGAAGGCUGGUAUAACAUAAAACAAACACACCAUGACUUAAUCAACUCAUCAAUCAAGCCGAAUAGACACGACAUUAUAAAAGCAAAAGCGGAAAUAGUUGACUAGUUCUCUUUGAGAAGCUGAUUUCAAGCAUCAAUGUAAAAAAACACGACAUGUUUCAAAAGAGCGUUUAUUCAACUGCCUUAAUGUAAAUCAUGUGAACAGAUGUGUUUAUUUCCACGAAACCGACUGUACUCUGGUCAAAUCGCAGUGAAAGAACACUUGAAUAUGAAUGUAACCGCCAAUCAUAUUGUCUCAAGAAGUGUAAUUGCUGUUUGUGUAUUUUAUUUUGCAAGUCAAACGGUUGCAGAAUAAUGCUGUUUUGAGUUAUCGAUGUGUAAUGUAUAUGUUGUUCACAGGCUUGUACAGAUUAUUUUCUCUGUGACGUACAUGUUUGGGUAAAUUUGGAGGGAACGAUGUAGUGAUAACAAAUUGCUGUUUAACAUUAUUCAGAUAAGAUGGAAGGAUGUUAUAUAAAUGUUUAUUUAUUUUUGAUGUCAUAACAGAUGUACAACAAUAAAAGUGUCA